AAAGUGUACCACCACCAUCGCCUCCUCCUCGACGUCUGUCUUGCGUGUUCAACUACAUCGCCCACGAUACUGUCCUACUCGUCUAAAACACCCACUGUCUUCUGUGUUUACGGAGGAUUCAUGCUUCGACCUCCAAUCGCUAUAUCACGGCAUAAACAUUUAUAUCACCCAGACCCCUCGACCACUUUUGUAUGUCGAGUUCCUGACUGCUCGAAAACUUAACCAUACUGAGUUUCUAGUAGCGCUAAACGCUAUUCAACAUGGCUGGCCAAAUUGUGAACGUUCGUCGUGAUGUCGACGACAAAUUCUACCGCUACCGCAUGCCCCUCCUUCAGACUAAAAUUGAAGGCAAGGGUAACGGCAUCAAGACUGUCAUUCCCAACAUGUCAGAUGUCGCCCGUGCCUUGAGCCGUCCUCCUACUUACCCUACCAAAUACUUCGGUUGUGAGCUCGGCGCUCAAACGUCUUUCGACGAGAAGAACGACCGAUACAUCGUCAAUGGCGCCCAUGACGCCACGAAGCUCCGCGAGCUCUUGGACGGCUUCAUUGACAAGUUCGUGCUCUGCAAAGCCUGCAAGAACCCCGAAACGGAUUUGAUCAUCACCAAGCAAGAGGAGAUCAUCCGUGAUUGCAAGGCUUGCGGCGAGCGCACCGGUGUGGAUAUGCGGCACAAGUUGACCACUUUCAUCGUUAAAAACCCGCCCAAAAACCCGAAGAAAGCCAGAGGCGCCAAAAAGGCUGGGUCGGGUGACAGCUCCCCGCCUGAAGCCCAGGAGCAUGGGUCUGGGGAUGACGGUGAAGGCGAUGACGACGAACUCACUAAGCGCAUCAAGGCUGAAGCGGCGGUGCUUAGCACCGAGACCGCCAUCACCCGGGAGGAUUGGUCCGCCGAUACGUCUCCCGAGGCUGUGAGAGCCCGCACCAAAGCCAUCGAGAGCGCUAUGGCCAAUGUUGCUCUCGCUGCCGGCGGUGAUGAGGAGAGCGAUGAGGAUGCGGAUAGUCCUUACUCGCAGCUGGGUCGCUGGGUUGAGGAGAACCGUGAUGCUGGCCCUGUGGAGGUCUACAAAAAGGCUGACGAGCUGGGUAUCGCGAAGAAGUAUAAAACGGUGCAGGUCAUCUCUCAAGCCCUGUUCACCGAGAGUAUCCUUUCCGAGAUCAACAAGUAUAACCCGCUUUUCAAGAAAAUGGUCACUUCUGAGAAGCAUCAGAAGUCGCUGUUGGGUGGUAUCGAGCGUCUCGUUGGUCGCACUUACCCCACGCUCGUCGCUGCUAUUCCCAAGAUCCUGAUGGCCUUCUACCAAGCUGACAUUCUCGAAGAGGAGGUUAUCACCCAGUGGGGUACCCAUGUCAGUAAGAAGUACGUGGACAGGGACACGAGCAAAAAAGUCCGAAAGGCCAGCGAGCCCUUCCUUAAGUGGUUAGAAGAGGCCGAUGAUUCCGACGAGGAUGACUAGGUGUAGAUGUGUGGAUAGGACGCUGUUCCGUGUAUGAACUUUUGAUUUGUCUGUAUAGUCCAUCGUUUUUGCAUAUGUUGUUGUUUUAUCAGUCGUGGAUCUACUACCCGACUUGUAUAUAUACGUCGUUCGUUAUGUUCUUUUAUCACAGUACGUUGAUUGUGCUGCACGUCUUGAGGCUCCCGCUGGGCUCUAUAGGGGCCUUUGAGUAAAUUUAAAUGUUGAAUACGGGCGCUUCAUUUCAAUUUCACUUC